AUGCCGGCCUCUGAACAACGCGCAAGCCGGUCAAGACGGAUCACGCGAGCUUGCGACUAUUGUCACAAGCGCAACAUCCGAUGCGUCAAUCCUGAUGGCCUGCAGUGUCAAAGGUGCGCCGAGUUUGAUCAGCCAUGUACUUAUGAUCGAGCAAUCAAGAAACGGGGCAUGAAACCCAAAUCCGGAGCUAGAGCGGAUUCGCUUCUCCCAGCACCUCGGAUUCCCGGUUCCGCAAAUGCGCCGUCGAACUCGCCGUCUCAGCAAUGGAAGGCUCCGAUACUUGCAAGCCAGGCUGUGGUUAUGAGUCUCGUCGAGGUAUACUUUGAAAUAGUAUAUCCAAUCUUCCCAUUCUUUCAUCGGCCGACAUAUAUCCGAAAAAUAUCAAGAGGCGACUAUGCCACCGACCAAGACUUGUUCCCAGUCACCAUGGCAGUUUGCGCCCUUGUAUCCGCGAGGGUCCGAGAUCAAGCAAUUUUCAAUCCUUCUUGGGACAUCCGGGAGUUGUCUGAAACGCCUUCGGAAACAUUCUAUGAUGCCGCCGUCCGUUAUAGUCAGGGCAGCGAAAAUUCCAGUGAACUCCACUCAUUCAAUACACUGCGAUGCUUUGCUUUGCUUGCCCUCACGGCUAUUCAGUAUGGCAAGAUCCGCGAAAUGCAACUAUUUUUAGGCAAGUACCACACUUUCGCUGCUAUGGAUGGCUUCCACGACGAAUCGAACUGGCCAAAAGACAUUGGGAUUAUUGAGACGGAAGAGAGACGACGACUGUACUGGUCAAUGUAUACCUUGGAAGUUUAUUCGUCAAUCAUAUGGAAUGGUGUUACACGGUGCCGCGAACAACAGGUCAAUGUUGCAUAUACCACAGAGUUGGAUGAUGAGCUUUUCAACGACGUCGGCUACAAUCAGCCAGUGUCAUCUCCCGUCGACAUCGGACCAAGCCCUGGUGGCAGAUGGGGUGAUGUGAAGGGUAGCAGUUGGCUCUGCGGUUGGAACUUCACGACCGAUUUAUAUCGGGUUCUGGAACAUGUCAUUGCCAACUUCCGUGACCGAAGACGCCACAGGAGGACGUUGCUUGGUGAUAUGUUUGGUGACAAGACUGCUCCCUCCCCUACUUCUGUCCGGGACUCCAUCAUGAAUUUAUACGGCAACCUCCCACGCUGCUUCAAAGAGUUUCCCGAGGUGACAUGUAAUGCUUCGAGUGAUCGAUAUGGGUUUCAGGCCGCCAACAUUACUGCCACGGUCCAGUUGCUCCGAAUGAUGUUGUUUGCCUCAGGCGGAGGUACGAUCGAGGAACGAUGCAAGAUAGCAAGCGAAGUCGUUGAUGCUUUCACUCGAAUUCCGGUAGCUUAUCUACGAGCCAUCAGCUCACCUCUCCUUCAUCACCUUGCUGGGAUUGGUGCCAUCCUGGGCAGUGUUCUGGAGGAGCCUCUCAGCAAUAUGGCGUACCAGCAGGUGAGAGUCGUCUUGCUGUCGCUCGCUCAAUUGCUGGAGAAUUUCGACCAUGGUAUCCAUUCAGCAAUCAACGCUCAGCGACUAAGGGACCUGGUGGCACAAAUCGACGACUACUGGAACCAGCUGCGCAUUUUCGCUGCAGGCGAGCCCAGUCCUCAGCUCAAUGAGGCAAACACGAAGCAUCCCGACCGGCGGCAUUCCGACGCACUGAGAACCAUACCUUCACAACUGGCAACGAGUAUUUUCGAGGACUGGCCGUGGAAUCUUGACCUUUUGCAAAGCGCAGAGAGCUGGUCGCCUGCGGACAUGGGUUUGGACGUCUGA